AUGUUCGCGCGCCUAGCUCUGCUUUUACUUGUGCUACAGUGUUUUGAAAUAUGUGUGCCCAUCCGGGUACCUACCGUGUGGAACGGUGAUAAUAGUGAAGUGAAACCUGAAGAAGACAAGUUUUCAGUAGAACAAUUUAAACCGCAAGUCGUUCAACAACAGCCAAUACCAAUACAGUAUUUCGAAUAUACAGCAAAGAAGCCACAAUUUGCUGUGGACAUUGCAAAUUUCCAUGGAGUACAGUCACCAGAAACUCUUUUCAAAGCGCAUCCGGUUAAACCGUUUACAGGAAGAAAUAAACCAGAGCUAGGAAAACACCGUAUACAAGACGAAAACAGACCAGUGUUUCAACAGUUUCAAAAAUAUAUUAAGCAAAAUGAUAAUUUAGCGUCUUAUGUUACUCCAUCAUCGACAAACUAUGAUAUAUUUCAUCCAUACAAGGCUGAAGAACCACGGUUACAAGACAUAUACAAGGACCCUAUCUUAGAUAAAAUACGAAACGAUAUACAAGUUAGUAGCCAACGAUUUGAAAAACAAGAAAGUGAUAGUGGAAAUGCAGAUAUAUCAAAAGAUGAAUAUUUAGAAAGUCCCGAGCAAACCGAUUUAAGAAAAUUGCCACAGAAAAACAUACCAGUAUCAUAUGAAAUACACAGGCCACAGCGGCGUCCCGUUUACUACAGUCCCAUUGCAAAACAUCCUAACAGAGACCAUAUACUGAAUCAACGAUUCAAGCACCCAUGGAACCAAAAUUAUGUUAAAAUAAGACCAUUGCAUUAUCAACCCCUUAAACAUCAUUUACAAAGAUUGCGCCAGCACCAUGCUUUAACAUAUAACGACGAACGAAAUGAAUAUCCUCAAGUGCCUAUUCUACAACCAUAUGAAGAACCAUCUAAUGGAUAUGACAUAUAUGUAAAAGGCAAAGAAAAGUAUCUUAAUUUAAGAAAUAACUUAGAUGAGUCUAUUAACAACUUAGUUCUUAAAAAUCGACCUAUAAUUUCGCAGAAACUAGAGCUUCAAAAAGAUGAAAAGUCACCAGAUGAGGAAGAAGAGGAGGAGUUUGUGCCUAUUAAAAAUUAUGCACAAGUACGAAAAACUGAGACGACAAAACAUUUACCGAAAGAAGCUGCAUUUGAUGAUGCUGAGAGUUACGAGGAAAUAAAAAAUGCGCCAAGAUUAAGAGAAGCUAUAAAAAGUACCAAAGCGCAAACGGUUUAUACCGAAGAAGGAUAUGAGGACUCAGCAUAUGAUCAUGCCGGUGAACAGAAACAUGCCUCAGAUCAUGAGGCACAUGGUGGUUUCCUCAAAGAAAAUGAACGAAGUGGAGGAAAAUACAAAGCUCCGUCAUUAAGUGCUAGUUACAAGGAUGAUGGUGGUUCAGCAUUCAAAGAACAAGUUUUAGAUGGAAAGAUAUGGAAAGAAAAUAAUAAAAACAGCAAACAUCAAGAAGAUUCUGAAGAUUAUUCUGGAGACGAAUAUGAACACUCCAUUGAAGCAGAUAAUUACAAACGAGUACCAACAAAUAAAGAAGAUAAUCAAAGAAAUAAAAGACAUAACAAAAAUGAGGUGCAGCAAAAUGGCACAGUAACUACAACAAAAAACAUCACUAACGAAAUAAAACAGCAUGAUGUGAAUAAACGAGAAACUGAUUUUAAGGUACCAGAUGUGGACAUAGACUCAACAUUACUAACCGAAAAAGAUAUCUUAAAAAUUGCUAUGGAAAAAAUUGUAGCACCAGAUCUAUCAGAAAAAUAUCCAUAUUAUUUUAAAGAUUCAAAAUUAGUCAAUAAAAAUUCUCCGAUCCGUUAUGCUGAGAAUUUUAAGCUUAUUCCUCAAAAAACAUUGGGAGGUACUGAAUUCUACGAUUCUAGGUCACUACUUGAAUGCCCCGAGGUUGAUGAAAAAGUGGACGCCUUGCCAGAAAAAUUUAAGAAAAAAGGUCAUCCUGAUGAACCGGAAGAUGGAUCAAUAACAGAAAAUAAUGAGAAAGGUGAGUCCACUGAAUCCCUUCCAAGACUUGAAGGGUUAGGUGACAAAAUUGAUUGUUUCAAAGCUAAAUACUUUGGUCAUAAUCCACUGGAUAGUCCAUUUUUCAAUGAAGAAAUUAUAUCGGAACCAGAACCAGUUUUGUUACCAAAUUUAUCCUCUUUCAAGCUUAAACAUUCCAAGAAUAAUACUUUAUUAGAAACAGCACCAAAUAAUGUAGUAUCAAAACUGGAAAAUCCUAAAAAAGCUAUGGAUGAAGACAUAUAUCAACUUUUGAAAAAACUACAAAAUAAAAAUAAUAAAUUAAAAGAGUCACUGAUAAUUGACCAACAAGGAAUAGCUACUAAAUUAAAUAACAACAAAAUACAUUUUACAAAUCUUUCUGAAAUGCGACCAAAUAACGAUUCUAAUGGUAACUUACAAAGCUCAAUAUCAGAAUCAAAUGUUGUAUAUAAUAGUAAUAUAAAAAAUAUAACAUCUAACAAUGGGGAGAAUAAUAACAGUAGCCAAUCAUUUGGAACUGUAAAUUUAGAUGACACAGUUCAAACUAAAAAACACAUUGAUAAUACCACAACAACGGUGUUACGAAACAAACGAGCGGCUCCAUUUGUUUAUGAACCAUAUAAAAUUAUCAGGGACGUUCAAACAUCGGAUUCAAAAAAAACAACAACUACUGGUAACAUAAGUCCUCUAAUCAAACAACUUCAAUCAAGCAAAGUUAUCGAUACUGUUGUUAAAUCAAACAACGAUAAAGAUCAACCCUUAAAAGUAAGUCUUGGAAGCCGUGCAUAUAAAGAUAUCGGUAAAAAGGAACGGGAGCACCUUUUAAGCAAUAAUUCAAAUGAUAGUUUAGAUCCAAGUAUUGUCGAUGUAAGUGUUGAUAAGAGGAGAGGUGAACCAAGAUAUGAAUUUCGACCCUCUAACCAUAAAUCCGAUUACUCACCUGUACAAAAUAAAAAGGCAAUGUCUGUAGAGGACUAUGAAAAUCACACAAAACUUUCGAACAAAAAUAAUACCGUCAGUAGCUCAAAUAAUAAAAGACCAUCAGCAAGGAACCUCUUUAACAUCGCUAAUAAUUUUCGGAAAUCCGAAGACUUUCAGAAUUCAGCGGCUUCUAGUAAUGUUAGACAAACCGUGACUUCGGCCCCCCAAACUGUUAAAAAGGAACCUUCUUCUGAAGAAAAAAAAGACGUUUCUGAGAGUGAAGAAGACUAUGAAGAUGAAUACGAGGAUGAGGAAGAAGAAGAAGUGAUAUCUACAACAACGACAACUACGACCACAACGACUAUUAAGCCUAUUUUUCGAAAGCGAAUGAGAACCGCAACCACCACUAAAAUUCCUGAAAUAGAAGUCACUGAAGAACCUCCUAAGUUAAGGCUAGUGACAAGAUUUAGAAAUUCCUCUCCCAUUACUAGAAAUACAAAUGAUGAUGAAAAAAGCACUGCUAAGAUUUCUAAGAAACUGGAUGAUAAUGACGAUAUAUCUUUACCAAAAUAUAGAGAGAAAAAGAAAAUGAGUACAAAAAGUACUCUAGUGACAGAUACAAAAAAAUACGGGGAUGAAGAUGAUGAUAUGAGGAAAGAAGAGAUUGAUGCUUUGAUAGGAGUCAAACAUGAUAUGGAUGAUUAUGUACCACUAUAUGAAAAAGAAGCUAAAAAGAAGAAUCAAGAGAGUGUUGAUUCUGACGAAGAUGAAGAAAAUGAAGAUUCGGAAGAAACGAGCAGUGAAGAAGAUGAAGAUGAAGAAGAUGAGGAUAUCGAUGAAGAAGAUGAUGAUGAGGAGAAUGAGGAAGAGCUUGAUGAAAAAAAUCCUAAAAUUUUUACAACGGAAACGCCCAGGAGAACUCUAGUAAGGACAACUGAGCCGCCAAUAUCUACUACUGAAGCUAAAAGUGCUAAAUUGGAAAGUAAACCAAUCAUAUCUAGAAAAAAAGUUGCGAUUCAUAAAGAAUUACCUGUAGACAAAACAGCGCCACAUGUUACAGAGUUUAAACAAGAUAUUGAAGAAGUUGAAAUAAUAAAAGAAAUUCCUAGAAAAGCCAUAGAAAAGAAAACAAACAAGAAUUUAGAAGCCCUCGACUUGUACAAAGAUGAUAAUCUAGCUACCGACAUAAAUAAAUUAGGGGCUGUUGAAAUUUUUGACAGAAAUUUGGAUCUUAAAAAUGGUCCAAAGCAUGGCGGCAAUUAUAGACAUGCACCAGCUUUAGAAAAAAAGGCACUUGUCGAAUCUUCAAAUACAGAUCCCAAGGUACCAAAGGAUGCUGAAACUUCGCAAACUGAAAACAAGAAAUUAAUUGAAUUGGAUGAUAGUGGCUCAUCCAGAAAAAUGCAUGGAGGUAAUCUUAAGCCAAGUAAUGAUGCAAAACGAUCAAGGGGUGAGAAGAAAUUUGAAAAAUAUAUAGAGUUAACAGAAAAACCUGACACCGGAUCAUUGCAUGGAGGAAAUCUGAGGUCAAUUAACGACCGAAAGACAAGACGAGGCGGUAACCGAAGUGAAAAAUUGAUUGAACUCGGAGAUGAUCAUGAUGAUCAGGACGAUGAUUCUGCAAACCGGAUGCAUGGAGGUAAUUUUAAACCCUACUCUAGCUCUAAUAACAGAAAUAGUGGAAGAGGUCUGCAUGGCGGGAAUUAUAGAAGUUCUAGAUUAGUUCAAGCAGAAGAUACUAAUGAUGAUAGUGAAAAACGUUUAGAAAAAGCAAAAACUGAAAGUACGAAAAAAAUUAAUUCUGCAGACCUAUUAAACAGUUUCGCUCGAGCAGUUCCUAUAUUAACGACUACACCAUCAUACAUACUUGACCCUAGUAAACGAAUGUACUAUUACGUUGAUGCUUAAUGAACUAUAAUUAUACAACGUAAAAUUAUUAUAUGAUACUUAUGGUUAUGUAUAUAUUUUGAUUAGAAUUGUUUAGAAAGUGCCACUAAUAAUUUCGUAUAACUUUUUGACAAUAAACGUGAAAGUUCUACGAAAUUGACUUGAUAUUAUUGAAUUAUAUUAUUAAUCUUGUAAUUUGUUAAAAACAUUGACGAGGAAGUUUCUGUGAUAGAUAAAUUUAUUGUUGAUUUACGUACAUUGUUUUUAUUUAAAUAAAUUCUGAUAAGUUAUUAGUUAUUGAAAAACUAUUUAUAAUGCUUUUAUAAAUAAAUAUUUUUAUAUAAUGUUUUUUUUUUGUUUUAUUAUUCUAAAAUGUUUGUGCAAAAAAAUUAAAAUAUGUACUUAUAUAAUGCACAUAAAAAAUAUGAGUCGAUUGGAGUACCUCUUCUUAUUGGAAGUCGGUUAAAAAUAUGUGAUUUAGUACAACUGACUAAAAUGGUAAUUCAUACUUAAUUCCACUUAUACUUCCAUAAGUAGCAGAGUUUCACAACGGACACAGAAUAUAUUUUUAAAUUUGAUUGGACGUUUUAUUGAAAUAAAAAAAAAUACAUUUUGUAAAUGAAAUAGAUUGGAAUGUUGUUAUAAAAUUGUGUGCAU